CGAGCCAGCGUCAACCAGGAAAGCGCAGUUGCAGGGUUGCAGGACAGCGUCUAGCUUUACACAUGUUUUCCUACAGCAGCACCCAAACACAGACAGCGUCAACAGUAUCGUGUCAGUAGUGUGUGUUAAGACGUAAAAUCUGUGUGUUGCCGUGUUAGCAUGGAGAACAGCGACGAGGAAGUCGACGAGGACGAAACGGAGUGGAGGAGCAGCUUCACGGACUCUGAAGUCACAGCCUCCGUUUCAGGGUCCACCUUCAGUAAGACACCACCACCAACACCUGCACAAAGAGUCAUCCUGCAUCUCGACUUGGACUGCUUCUAUGCCCAGGUGGAAAUGAUCAGAAACCCAGCUCUGAGGAGUGUCCCCUUAGGUAUUCAGCAGAAGUACAUCAUAGUCACGUGUAACUAUGUGGCAAGGGAGCACGGUGUCACCAAGCUGAUGUCAGUGACGGAUGCAAAGGAGAAAUGCCCUCAGCUGGUGCUGGUGAAAGGAGAGGACCUGACACACUACAGGGAAAUGUCCUACAAAGUCACAGAGCUGCUGAUGUCCAGCUGUCCACUCGUAGAGAGGCUGGGAUUUGAUGAGAACUUUGUGGACGUCACAGAGAUGGUAGAGAAAAGGCUGAAAGAGACGCCAGAAUCGAGCAGCUGUUCAUUUAAAGGCCACGUGUACAACCGUCUGAGUGCAGAUGCCAAAGCCGGCGAUCACCCGCGGUUGGCUUUAGGCUCACACAUCGCAGCAGAGCUGAGAGAGGCCAUCAACAGCAGACUGGGCCUGACAGGCUGUGCUGGCAUCGCUACCAGUAAACUGCUGGCCAAACUGGUGUCAGGCAGCUUCAAACCCAAUCAGCAGACCACCCUGCUGUCGGAGGACAUCAGCGAAAUCAUGAGCAGUCUAAGCGGGAUCCGUAAAGUACCAGGAGUGGGACACCAAACCGCUAAGAGGCUUCAAGCCCUGGGAGUGGUCAGUGUGCAGGACCUGCAGCUCUUCCCACUGGCGGAUUUGGUGAAAGAGUUUGGAGCGUCCAGCGCUCAGCGCCUGAGGAAUCUGGCCCUGGGCAGAGAUGAUACUCCAGUCACACCAACUGGGGCUCCACAGUCUCUCAGCGAUGAAGACUCUUUCAAGAAAAUGUCCUCCACUAAAGAUGUUCUGCAGAAGAUUCAAGACCUGUUGAGCAGUCUAGUGGACAGGAUGCACAAAGAUGGCAGGCAGCCGCAAACCUUCAGACUGACCAUUCGAAGAUACUCGGCGACCAACAAGUGGUUCAGUCGGGAGAGCCGCCAGUGUCCCAUCCCCAACCACAUCGGCCAUAAGAUCACCUCCGGCAGCGGUGAUGCCCUGGUCCAGCUGGUCAGCAUGGCCAUGAAGCUCUUCCACAAGAUGGUGGACUCCAACACAGCCUUCCACCUCACGCUCAUAAACGUUUGCUUCGCUAACCUGCAGUCCAGGGCGGCUUCAGCCGGCAGCAAGGGCUCCAUAACCUCCUUCUUCAAACAAGGCACGUCUCCCAAAAAAACACAGAGCUCCGCACAAAAUCAGGAUGAUUUCUUUGAAAGCGGUCGCUUCAUGGAUCAUCGAUUUGGAUGUGACAUGGAGCACAGUAGCACACAGGGUAUGGUUACACAAGAUACUCCACAAAUGUCAGCAUCCCCAGGAAACCCUCCCAGUGCUAAGAGAGGUCUGCUUGGCCUGCCCACAAAAGAGAGCCCUGUUGUUUCUGCAGCGGCUCCACAUCCUCAGAAAAUGUCCAGCUGCACAUCAGGAUUACACCCCGAUGAAACCAAUAACACACCUAAGCUGCCCCCCAACGUGGACCCGGACGUGUUCAGGCACCUUCCUGAGGAGAUCCAGAGGGAACUGUUAUCUCACGCUUAUGCAAACUCCCUCUCAAGCCCCCUCACACCUUCCACAAGCCAGGCUGCCACAGUAGCAGCCUUUGAUGGCCCCCGCAUAUCUAAGAAUCCCCCUCAGCAAUGUCCGCCCGCCUCCAAGACUGCUUUAUGGUCAUUCAGUGACUCACAUAAUCUCAAAGACAAAAAAGACGCUGUAAGUAGUGUGGAUCCGUCUGACAGAGAAACCACCGUGAAUCUCCAGUUGCCCGCGGGCCUGAAAACAGCAGCAGGAGACACAGUUAUGGAAGAGAGGAGAACGUGGUCUUCUGACUGUGAGUUCCCGGCAGACGUGGACCCUAAAGUGUUCUCCGAGCUUCCGCUUGAUGUCCAGAGGGAGCUCAUGUCCACAUGGAAGCAGCAGAGGCCGGUCUUGAAGACCCCCUCCUCUUGGAAACAGGGCAGGGGCUCAGUGACGAAAGACAGAAAGGCUGCAGGAAAAAGCAGCCAGGCAAACAACUUGCUGAAGUACUUCAAACCCAAUUAGAGUCUCCCACUGUGAACUGAAUGCAAAGUAGAGCUCAAGACAGUUUAAGACUGUGAAAAAUGUGGACGAAAACUCUUAUUUUGGUCUGUUGUUCUUAUUAUUCUCUCUCUGUCAUCUCUCAAUCUUGUUGCCUUUUUUUUGGAAAUUAAAAAAGAUUUUGUUAUGAAACUGUAUACUGAAUUGACUACUAAAAAGCUGCAUGAUUUUGCACAUGUACUGAACAUUAUUUACGGAGUCCGUCUCCCCAAAAAUUUUCAGUUCUCCAGUUGGCCUUAUUAUGUCAUUCCUCAUAAUCCCAAUGUUUGCUGUUGAACAGUUGAACAAGACAUUAUGAUUACAAUAUUUUACACUGGCUAAUGGCAUUAAGUAUCCCCUCGUCUUAAUAAGAUCUAAAAUUACCCUUAAGCUGUUGUUUGCCGUUUUCUUUUUGUGGAACAAUGUUUUGGGGAGCAGGAUUACUUCCCUGAGCCUCUGAAAAGGGGCCGGCUCCCAGUUGGACGAUUUCCACUGAAAUCCACAGAGGCACACAUUAUUUGUCGACAGGGACCCAAUCCAGUUUUCAAAGAGCCUCUUUCCUCAUGAGAAAUACCAGAGAAUUCAAGGUCUGUGAACACACAGCCCUGUUUGGUUCUCCUUAGUCUGAAACUCCUCCCUGGAUCACAUGUGAGAAGGGGAAAGGUUUAGGCUAUAGUAUGUCCAAUCGCAUCAUGAUAGUGACUAUUUUACUUAACCAGGGCGAGUUCAGCUCCUUCUGAAUGGAAGUUGGCACUUCUUCCGGCUAAAUUGGUAAGGUAGAUGGUUAUUAUUUCUUGUUUGCUCAGGGGAGCUGUGGCACUGCUGAUUUAAUCAUGUUUGAUGUCCUUUUAUCAUUUGGAUGCUGGGUCCACGUUUGCUUUACAAAAUAAAAAAAGAUUCUCCUGCGUGGGGUUAUGUUUAGA